UUAGAGAGCAAAGUUGUCUGUGUUUUUCCCCCAGGAGAAACAAUGCAGCGCUUGUCUCCAGACUGUGCUGAAAAUAAUCCCUUCAACUGGAUUAUAGUUACACUGAGACAAGCAAGUUAAGGCAUUUAGUGUUCAGACCAAAGAACAGCUGGCCACAUUUCAUCCACUUAACACUGUGCCUGAUGUUUAUUGUAUCAGUAGUGAAGGUUCAAUGAUACUAUGAUUUCACAAUAGUGCAACAUGAUUGGACAGGAGAAGGGUUUACAGCACAGGUUAGAGUGACUGUGUCGGGGACCAGAGAAUAAAUAUGGCAAAUCCACUAGGAGAUCCAAGACUCCCAGUUCAAGAGUGACCUGAGGUGUUUUUAAGUUGCUUUGUGUUAUCACAAGAAGAAGGAAACAUGGUUAGCCGAUUUGAACACCCAGCUGGUGGCUACAAGAAGAUUUUUGAGACUUGUGAUGAGCUGUCUGAGCCUCUUCCAACAACAAUCACAGGUAGGAUUCCUUCUUUUCUGAAGGGGUGUCUUCUUCGUUUGGGACCGGGGCUUUUUGAGAUUGGAGAUGAACCUUUCUACCACCUCUUUGAUGGCCAGGCCAUCAUACACAAAUUUGACUUCAAGAACGGCCAGGUCGCCUACUUCCGAAAGUUUGUCAGAACAGAUUCCUAUGUGCGAGCCAUCACAGAGAAGCGUGUGGUAAUCACUGAGUUUGGCACAUGUGCAUACCCAGAUCCCUGCAAAAAUAUCUUCUCCAGGUUUUUCUCUUACUUCAAAGGUGUUGAGGUCACAGACAACUGCCUGGUGAAUAUCUAUCCGAUUGGUGAGGAUUUUUAUGCUACAACAGAAACCAACUACAUCACUAAAGUAAACACUGAUACCUUGGAGACACUGAAGAAGGUUGAUAUGUGCAACUAUGUCAACAUUAAUGGGCUGACAGCCCACCCUCAUAUUGAGAAAGAUGGUACUGUGUACAACAUUGGAAACUGCAUGGGAAAAGGAGCAACGCUGGCCUACAACAUUGUCAGAAUCCCACCUACACAGAAAGAUAAGUCUGAUCCCAUUGAGAAGUCUAAGGUAGUGGUGCAGUUCCCCAGUGCUGAGAGGUUCAAACCUUCCUAUGUGCACAGCUUUGGCAUGUCACAAAACUACUUUGUCUUUGUUGAGACUCCAGUGAAAAUCAACCUGCUGAAGUUCCUGAGUGCCUGGAGCAUCCGAGGGUCCAAUUACAUGGACUGCUUUGAGUCCAAUGAGACCCAGGGAACUUUGUUCCACAUUGCCAAGAAAGACCCAGGAGAGUACAUCGAUCACAAGUUCAAAGGGGCAGCCAUAGGCCUGUUUCAUCAUAUCAACACCUAUGAAGACCAAGGAUUCAUUGUUUUUGAUCUCUGUGCAUGGAAAGGAUUUGAGUUUGUUUACAACUAUCUCUGGUUGGCAAACCUGAGAGCCAACUGGGAUGAAGUGAAGAAGGCAGCCAUGAUUGCGCCCCAGCCAGAGGUCCGCAGAUAUGUUAUUCCCCUGGACAUCUAUAAGGAGGAGCAGGGGAAGAACCUUGUGAGCUUGCCUUACACCACAGCUACAGCAGUGAUGCACGCUGAUGGGACAAUCUGGUUGGAGCCUGAGGUGCUGUUCUCAGGGCCUCGCCAAGCUUUUGAGUUUCCUCAGAUCAACUACAAAAUGUAUGGAUCUAAGAAUUACACAUAUGCCUAUGCCCUGGGGCUCAACCAUUUCAUACCAGACAGGAUCUGUAAGCUGAAUGUAAAGACCAAGGAGACUUGGGUAUGGCAAGAGCCUGACUCAUACCCCUCAGAGCCACUGUAUGUUCAGAAUCCCGAUGGGGCUGAUGAGGAUGAUGGUGUGCUGUUGACCAUCGUGGCAGCUCCCGGCUCCCAGAGACCCGCAUACCUCCUCAUCCUCAACGCCAAGGAUCUGUCUGAGGUUGCCAGAGCAGAAGUGGAGUGCAGCAUUCCUGUCACCUUUCAUGGGAUGUACAAAUCCUAACUAUGCAUUACUGAGGGUAUCAGCAGUAGUCAACCUCUUCAGGGUUAUAACCCUUAAGUUUCAGUGUCAGUUUAAUAAAAGAUAUUCUGUAUAUGGAUUUAUCCACAUGCAUGAAUAUUUUAUGGUGGGGGA